UGCAAAAGUGCCUUUUCAUUCGCUUGUUUGCCUUUUGAGCGGAAGUGAGGUUAUGUCAGUGUGUCAAAACAGGGGCUCGCAAGUGUCUCGAAUUUGUGUGAUUUUCCAAGGUAUAAUUGAAUUAGGAAAAGCGUGAAAAUCACAGUGGGAUUGUUAUGCAAAUCAGUGAACAAGUUGAGAGGACAGUCAGCGUGGAAAAUCCCACGUAAAUUGCUGUGAGCUUCGAUUCCGUGCAUCACUUUUUUUUUCUCUUUGUGGCGAAUGUCGUCCGGAAGCAGACAAGUGCUGUCCUACCACGAGAGCCUCCUGCGGGAGUCGGACGUGAAUCUGCUGCGGGGCCCACACUGGCUCAACGACCAGAUAAUCUCCUUCUACUUCGAGUAUCUGGAGAAGGAAGUGUUCAAGGAAGCCACGGAGUUUCUCUUUGUGUCUCCGGAAGUCACGCAGUGUCUGAAAAUUGUGUCCAGCGACGAGGUCAGUGUCUUUCUGAGUCCUCUGAAUGCCACAGAGAAGGAUGUAAUCUUCUUUGCGCUGAAUAACAAUGACAACACAACGGCUGGCGGAUCGCAUUGGAGUCUCUUAGUGCUGUCACGACAGGAAAAUACCUUUUUCCACUUCGACUCCUCGUCCGGCAGCAAUCUGGCCAGCAGCAGGCGCUUCUUCAAUCACCUCAAGCGUCCCCUGAACUGUCCCACAGCGGAAUUGAUCGAACAAAACUGCCUGCAACAGUCGAAUUGCUACGAUUGCGGCAUUCAUCUCAUCUGUGUGGCCGAAAGAGUCGCUCAGCACUUCCUCACCGCCGGCAGUGUCUGCCAAACGCCCGACACGGCCAAGGAGCAGGUGUCGCGAAAGCGCCGAGACAUCCUGGACAUCAUUCGGCAGUUGGGAGGUGAAAUUUAA